AUGCUGUGCUCUCAUGGAUUCCAGUCCAACCUCAGGCCAUUCACGGACUGCUACUGGCCCGUACGCAGUCUGUGGCCAGAGGUCAAACCUCUGCUCCACCGGCAGCAUCUGCUGCAGAGGCACCUACAGGAGCUGCGCAGCGGUCUGGAGCUGAUGGACAAACUUCAACACGAGAUCCUGGAGGAGACGGAGCCUUUCCAAACCGGUGUGGCCGCGCAGCCAGUCUCCUGCCAGCUGGAGAAAGAGGGAGAGCACUUUGGACUGACCCUGGACGCUCAAGGAUUUUCCCCAGAGGAGCUGUCUGUCAGGCAGGUGGGCAGGAAGCUGAGAGUCAGCGGGAAGACAGAGAAGAAGCAGGAGGACGGGAAAGGCUCCUACUCUUACAGACUCCAGGAGUUCAGACGGGAGUUGGAUCUGCCCCAAGGGCUGAACCCUGAAGCCGUCACCUGCUGCCUGGCUCCGGACGGGAAGCUCCACAUCCAGGCAGCCAGAGCUCCGUGUGCGGAGGAGGCUGAGAGAGAGCUGACUAUCAAGAGGAGCUUGGAGGAGAAAACACAGCAGAGUGUGUGUUCACACACAGAGACAGACAACAACACACAGGACAAACCUGGACACAUGGACUGAACUAUGUGUUGUCCCAAUGUACAGGAAUUUUUUUUUAAUAUUAGUGUUAAAUGAUGAUGAUGAUGAUGGUAUCUGCUCUGGUAUGUUAAUAACUGCAAAUAAUAAAGACGUAUUUAAAUUGAAAUUGCGAUUUUCUCUUACCUUUUUAAAUUUUAAUUCUUUUCUUUGCAAAAAUAUCUCAUAUCCCAGUUUGAGAAACAAUAAUGAUAAUAUGGAUAUUGUACUUUGUACAGUACGUACAUUAAUUAUCUCACAUGCAUAAUAUUGAUUUAUGAUGAUGAAAAAAUUGUGCCAUAUGUACCAUAGGCAUCUGUACUGACUCUGAGAGUUGACCACAGCUCUUCAGUGGAUCAUGCUGUUACUCAUGAAUGCUUAUUUUACCAGAUUCUUUUUGACUGCUCAAGAGUUUUCAUUCCUUAUAGAAACUGAUGUAAACAUUAUAGCUGCUGAAUACAGACAGUCAGCAAAUCUUUACGCAGGUGAUAUCACUAUGAAAAAUAACAGAAGUGAUUUUACCAUUUUACAAUCAGUUAUGAUGAAACCCAUGCAAUCUUGACUUGUAAAACUAUUUUUAAAAUUAUCCAUCUAUCCAUUAGCUAUACCACUUAUCUUUUUGGGGGGGUGAAGCCAAACCCAGCUGACACUGAGCGAGAAGCAUUUUUAGAAUUAUUGUUUGUUAAAUCUUUCUUAAUCAUGCAUAAUUGGCCUCUGCUCAAAUUCCUGUUUUUUGCUGUGACAACAGAUUAAAAAUGAUGAGUCACAUGUAACCUUCAUCUGACUGGGAAGAGAAAAUGAUCGGGCCACAUUUUAACUGACGUCAAAGCCACAUCCAACAGCGGUAACUUACAGAGCACACCGUCUACGGUGAAGCCAGUGUGUUGGAAUUCAAAACAUGACCCAUUAUCUCAAGCAUGAAGAGUAAAACAGGAAAGACAGAGUAACGUAUCCAGUAAACGUAACAUUACAUCCCAACAGUCAUGAAAGUAAGUAGAUCAAAGUUAUAGAAUAAUUGUCCAGUCCUAAAAAACUUAUUUCAAUUCACAAUUUAUUCCAGUUCAAACUAUUCACAGGUCAAAAAGUGUCAUUUCUAC